AUGAAUUCUCCGUUGAGUAGCAAGAAUCUGAGACUUUUUUCAAAAUCUGUUGCUUGCAAAUGUCUUGUUCUUGUUGGUAUUGCUCUGUUUUACAGAGCUAUGGUGCUCUCUUACUCUCCCAGAAACGCUCUGAGCAGUAGUAGCUUAUUAGGUCGAGCCCGGUACAUGUCAGAUUCCUCCUUAACCGGUGGAGUCCGGACCGAUAAGUUUCUCGAGGUUCCUCAGAUCGUAUGGGGACUAAACAAUCAGAAGAUUGCUUUUGCCAGAGCUUGCUUGACGGCGAGAACGAUGAACAGAACGCUUCUCUUGCCUAGUCUCAGUGCUUCCUUAUUCUACAAGGAAGUCGAUAAGCUUCGUCCGAUUCCUUUCGAUAAAGUGUUUCAGUUCGAAAGAUUCAACUCGCUCUGUUCCGGGUUUGUGCGGCUUGCUCGGUUUUCGGAUGUUAGAAACAGAACACAAGUGUUUGAUCUUGAGAAAGGUAGUGGAAGAAGAUGGACAGUGGAAAGAGACUUGGAACAAUUGAAACAAUCCGCCCGUAAUGAAUCGAUCGAUGAGUCUGAAGUGAUCCGUGUCAUAGGGAAAAACCCAUUCUUGUGGCACGAUCAUUGGCCGGUAAAGGACUACGCUAAGGUCUUUGAGUGUAUGGUGGUGGUUGAUGAAAUAGCAAGAGAAGCAGAUAAAGUUGUGAUGAAAAUCAGAGAAGCAGGGGAAAAAGAGGCAAGAACAAAACUCGAAUCCAAAACCGAAAUCCCAGGUCCUGUUCCUUUUGUUGCGGUUCACAUGAGGAUAGAGAUAGAUUGGAUGAUACAUUGUAAUAAACUAGAGCAAAGGAAAAAGGUUUCAGAGAUUUGUAGUAGUAAAAGAGAGAUUGUGGAGAGAGUAGGGAACAUUUCCGGUUUAAAGACUCCAACGGUUCUUUACCUAGCGGUAGCGGAUAGUCUCUUAGAAGAAAAAGAAGAAGAUUCAUCCGUUCUAACGGGUUGGAGAGACGGGUUAAUACCGUUUGAGAAGAAGAAGCUUGGGGUUAAAGAAGAGAUUUACGGGAAGUAUUCGUAUUUGAUUCAAUCGGCUAUAGAUUACGAGGUGUGUCUAAGAGCGGAUGUUUUUGUUGGUAAUAGCUUUUCGACUUUCUCUAGUCUCAUUGUUCUUGAAAGGACACAGAAGGCGAUUCGGUUAGGGGUUAGGAGUUCUUGUGACGAUGGUGAAAAUAAGUGGAGAUCGUAUGCAUAUAACCUGGCUGGAGAAUCAGAAGGAGUUCCAAGGAGAUGGAUGACGAAUAUGACGGAUUCGAGCUUGGAAGCUAUUAGCUAUGGCUCUAAUUCUGUUUCUUGUUCAAGUGGGUGA